UCAACGCGUUCGCGUCAGGAAAAGCGUUCGGCAAACGAAAUUCGAAAUAUUUAAAAAUAUCACUCAUACGCACGGGAGAGCGAGUGCCCGAAACGAGAGUGAGAGUGCACCGAUAUUCACCUGGCACUUGCCACUAAAUAAAUAAAAACCAAGUUUUGUUUAUUCAAAGCGAAACGGAGAAAGUGUUUCAAUAAUCACCACUUAGUAUAUAAUCAAGUGAAAUCGCCUGCCAGCAGCGCAUUAAUUUAAAAAUAAAUAUAUUAAAUAUAUUCUGGCGUGUGUGAGUGAGCAGCAUCGAUAAAAAGCUCUCCGAAGAAUUUUUCGGAGGCGUAACGUGAAAUCACAUUGGCUAAUUAUCUUCGCCGAAAACUGAGGAAGCCAAAGAACUCUCAGCCCCCAAAAAUCGAAUUGUAGAUCAUUCCAUUCCAACUUAAUUAACCCCAUCACGCCGACAAUCCCUUGGCAUUGAUUGUUGACAUUGUCGCCGCAGAGAUAUGCAAAUGGGAAUAUGCGAAUAUCUUGCAGACACACGAGUUGUAAAUUAAAUUCCCAAGCUUAAAGUGUCGACGACGCCGGCCGAAAGCCGGGACAAAGGACAUCGUCACCAGGUGCUCGUGACCCCUGACCCGAGACCAAAGAGCCAGGACCAACAAUAAGUACCCGACCUGUGGCCGCAGAAUUGAUGUUCGUGCGAAAGUUUCCCCUCAGCUGUGCAAAUGUUACGGCCAGGACUCGAGUAGGAUUGCGGAUCGGGGAAGUGGGUCAGUAGAAGCCAGUGGUGGUGCAGCCAUGAGUGGAGCAGCCGUUGCCCGGUUGCUCCUCCGCCUGGAGCUACCCUCGCCAGGAGUAAUGCCACCGCCGCCCACGGACUACGACUAUGGAGCGAUGGACUAUAGAGCCAUCAGCGAGGACGAGUUCCUGGCCAGUGUGGUGGCCACCGAGGGACCAACGGUUCGAUAUGAUCUGUUCCCCCAGAACCACACCAACCAUCCCAGCCUGCACGUCAUCCUCAACCACACGGAGGUGCAAACGGAUCUGCAGUAUCCCCACUACGAGGACUUGGGUCUGGAUGCGGAUCCCAAUUGGACGCGCAUCUGCGAGGAUGUGUACAACCCAUCGCUGGAAAAUAACCGCAUCGAGUUCUGGGUGUGCGGCGUACUGAUAAAUAUCGUGGGAAUCCUCGGCAUCCUGGGCAACAUCAUCUCCAUGAUAAUCCUCUCCCGACCCCAGAUGAGAUCGAGUAUCAACUACUUACUCACUGGCUUGGCUCGCUGCGAUACCGUGCUAAUUAUCACCUCAAUACUGCUGUUCGGAAUACCCUCAAUAUAUCCAUAUACAGGGCAUCUGUUCGGCUACUACAACUAUGUGUAUCCGUUUAUAUCGCCGGCGGUAUUUCCCAUAGGCAUGAUUGCCCAGACGGCCAGUAUAUACAUGACCUUCACGGUGACCCUGGAAAGAUAUGUGGCCGUUUGCCAUCCCUUGAAAGCGAGGGCCCUCUGUACUUACGGCCGAGCCAAGAUCUACUUUAUAGUGUGUGUGUGCUUUUCGUUGGCCUACAAUAUGCCCCGAUUUUGGGAGGUUCUAACCAUAACCUAUCCCAAACCGGGCACAGAUGUAAUACUCCACUGCGUGAGACCCUCGAGAUUGAGGCGAUCGGAGGCGUAUAUCAACAUCUACAUACACUGGUGCUACCUGAUCGUGAACUACAUAAUACCCUUUCUCACCUUGGCCAUACUGAAUUGUCUGAUUUAUAGACAGGUGAAAAGGGCGAACAGGGAGCGACAGCGAUUGUCGAGAUCGGAGAGAAGGGAAAUCGGGCUGGCCACAAUGCUGCUGUGUGUGGUGAUAGUUUUCUUUAUGCUGAACUUCCUACCGCUGGUACUCAACAUAUCGGAGGCCUUCUACAGCACCAUCGAUCACAAGAUAACCAAGAUUUCGAAUCUACUGAUCACGAUCAACAGCAGCGUUAACUUCCUGAUAUACAUCAUUUUUGGCGAAAAGUUCAAGCGCAUUUUUUUACUCAUUUUUUUCAAGCGACGCCUGAGUCGUGACCAGCCGGAUCUCAUCCACUACGAGAGCUCCAUAUCGAACAACGGCGAUGGGACGCUGAACCACCGAUCCUCCGGCCGCUUCUCGAGGCACGGAACCCAGCGGAGCACCACCACCACGUAUCUGGUGGCCACCGGCGGACCCGGCGGGUGGGGGGGAUGCGGUGGUGGCGUUGGCAAUAAUUCGCUGAACAACGUACGACUGACUCAGGUGUCGGGGUCACCGGGCCUGGUCAAGAUCAAGCGGAAUCGGGCUCCAUCGCCUGGUCCCGUGGUCUACUUUCCCGCCCGCGAAAUGCAGAGAUCCGCAUCCACCACGAACUCAUCGACCAACAAUAAUACAUCCAUUGGUUACGACUGGACGCUGCCGGACAACAAGAAACUGGGACACGUCUCCUCCGGAUUCUGAGGCUGUGUCCGGGGAAAAUCGAUGAGAGUGGGUCCUGGGAAGAGUGUUAGCCUAGUCCACUAGUCUUGUAAAUAGGAAUAGCCGGAAUAACAGUUUAGGUCAAAAUAAUAGUAAGGAUGCAUUGGGUCCCUGAAAAAUAUUUUAUAGAAAAUAUAAUUUCCACACGCUUAUGAUAAAAUAAUGUAGUUAAAUAUUAUGUUCUUUAUAUAAAAGAUUAAAUUUACCGUGAUUAUACCCG